AUUUGGCGUUGUUUUGCCGGUGGUGAAGGGUUCACAGUUCCCGCGCAGCAGGUGAGUCAACAGGUGGGGUGGCUGCCGGUGCGGAACCGACCACGAUGCGCCGAGACGUCCCUUUCUUUGAACGGCAGGCUGUUUUGAACAUUAUCUAAUCACGGCGGAUACAAUACUCUGUUUGUUUGGAAUGAUCUAAUAACAGCCUAUCAUGCUUGAAUGAUGUCAAUACAAACUAUAAAAAUAUAUUUGAGAGCCAUAUGUCUAGCACAAUCAUUAUUAUGCAGCCGUAUUAUGUAAAUAAAUAAAAACAUGUACUGACGGGAAGAGUACUUAUCGUGAAUUUUAUUGGCAUUAAUUUGUAUUCAGUCAUGUUCCCGACUGACCGAGCAACAUGUUUCCCACCCCCACCACGAGUCCGACCCAAUUGUAAUGCAGCGGCGGGCGCGGGUCCGGCGCGCGGGCAUUGUGCGCGCGCACCCGCUCCCGCCACCACCUGCCGCGCGACAUGGUCGCUCGCCAGCCGCUCCUCGCCUCAUCGCCUCCUGCGCCGCGCAAGUCGCUGCGCCGCCUCGCCUCCACCAGAGGCUUCAGACCCCGUGACGCUAAUGAAUACGGCUGGAUAAGAGUCUUCGAAGGCCUCGAACCGUUCGCCAUCGAUGCGCCCAGUAAACUUAUCAAGGUCACUCUCAACACCACAGUAGAAGAAAUAAACAAAGAUCUCGGUUUCAAUGAUGAGCUAUCUCUAUGGCUGCAAAUUGGUGGAGCAAAUGCAAGACGACUGGAACACGACGAAUAUCCAUUGCGGAUUCAAGAGCAAUACUUAGCGACAUGUGGUUGGAGGUCGCAGGCUCGUCGUCUGAGGCUGGCGGUGGACCCAGAACUGCGACAUACCUUACGAUGGUGUGCAGGACCUGCCCCACGAACUGGAGGAGUUCUAAGAUCCGGUACUGUGUAUGUGCUGAAAGGACAUGUAUUUCCGCAGUGGAAACCGAGACCGGCUUACGUGAUAGGAUCCAGACUGCAUUCUUAUGGGACAGCAUGGGAAAUGCUAGAACUAAGUGGCGGUAGUAUAGAGCUAUGUCCACCAAAGGCUCAAAGACUUGUUCUCUGUGUGAAACCGCGUUGUCAAGGGAACCUGGCGUCCGGAGACAACACCAUGAAUCAUCUGUUCCUUGGAUUCAGCACUAUUUGGGAGAGAAAUAUGUGGUUUUGCUGGCUGAAAGAGGGCACGCAAAGCACACAGCCUCCAAAUGUGUUGGACCUCAGCGGCGGCGGUCGGGCUUCGCUCGGCGCGGCACUCGCGCAGCACGCGGCUGGCGCGUUCACGGUACGCGUGCUGCAUCUGCGCAGUAACGCGCUCACGGCCCUACCGGCCCAGGCCUGGACGCUGCAGUCCUUAACACACCUGGACAUCAGUGAUAACAGGAUCACAGAACUGCCGCAAGAAAUAUGCCAGCUUACACAAUUGGAGGAGCUACAAGUGAGCGACAACGAACUGCGCUCCGUAGAUUGUGUCCUCCGACUGCCCCGACUUAGAACGUUGGUUGCUACUCGGAACCUUAUCACACAUUUGGGACCAAGCAACAAGCCACCAAUGGCGCCGGACGACGAAAAUAAAUCAGAAUACCGCGCCCCCCUCACCACCGUAGACUUACGACACAACAAGUUGAAGGGAAGCAUCAUACUGGGCAACUAUGAGCACCUGGUAUCUUUGGACAUUUCCCACAACACUGUCGAAGUCUUGGUCGUGUCGGCGCUGCGCGGUCUUCGCGAAUUAUACGCAGCACACAAUACGCUGCAACACCUCGGUCUACAUGGAGCUAUGCUGAGGAUACUAAGGGCGCCACAUAACCAACUAGAAACGCUAACAACAACAGUACCACCGAUUAACCUAGUCGAAAUUGACGUGUCUCACAACAAGCUGACGUCACUCCCGCAGUGGCUCAGCGGCUGCUCCGAUCUCACCACGCUGCACGCCAGCAACAACCAGCUCACGUCGCUACCUGAGCAUCUGUUCUGUAGCGAACUCUCCAGUCUCAGCAGCCUACACCUCGCGCACAACAAGAUAUCAAGCAUACCUUCCAUGCCCCGGCUAAGAUCACCCUUACGAGAACUACUACUCCACGACAACUGCAUACAAUCCUUACCAGAAAAUUUCUUCUCAGCUUGUGAUAGACUGUGCGUUUUAAAUCUCACAAACAAUAGAUUGAGCAGGUUACCACACGCGCGAGGCCCAUCCUCACACUGUCUAGAACGCCUCUACCUAACAGCAAACUGUCUCACCGAUGAAGUGUCAGAUGUCAUUAUAGCCUUCAGAGGAUUAAAGAUACUGCACAUUGCAUAUAACUGCUUGACUAAUUUACCAGAAGCAUGUAUCAACUUCUGGCCAGAUAUUGAAGAACUUGUGUUAUCCGGGAACUGUCUUUCGAGACUACCAGAAAACUUACCACAGCUAAACAAUAUCAAAAUUGUUAGAGCUCAUUCGAACAGAUUACGCUCUGUUCCGAUGUUUGCGUGCAGUGCAUCCGUGAAAAUAUUAGAUUUUGCUCAUAAUGAACUCGAUAGUAUAGAUUUAAGGCUUCUUGCUCCUAAACAGUUAAAGUUUUUAGAUAUAUCGUGUAAUAAAAAGUUACAAGUUGAUCCUUCGCAAUUCAGUGCGUACAGAUGUCAACGACCCCUGAGUCUAGUAGACGUCACUGGUCGACACUCCUUGCCGUGGACACAAAAAAGUGGUUAUCAUGAGGAAUUAAAUGGUUCAACUCCGUGGACAACUGGAUUUUCAGAAUGUCCCAAUAAAUCGUUACAGCUAUGCUGUGCCCAAAUUCGUCUUCCAUCCUUCUGCAAUAGAGAAGGUUUAUUUGCUAUAAUCGAUGGUGAAACCGAUAUUGAAGUGCCAAAAAUUUUACAAACGGCUAUACCUGGACUUUUGCUUGAAGAGAAAUCUAUAAAGGAAACUGUAAACGAGUAUAUGAAAUAUGUAGUAUUAUCUGCACACAGGGAACUUAAAGAAAAGGGACAAAAGAAAGGUGCAUGCUUAAUAAUGUGUCAUUUGUCACCCGUAACUGCUCAAGAAAUCGGGUUUGGGCACGCAACUCGGAAAUAUAACUUGAGACUUGCCAAUGUGGGAGACACUAAAGCAGUUCUCAGUAGACGAAAUGGACCGCUCAGCCUGGGCAUAGAAAACAACAAACGACUCGGAUAUUCUACGCGAUAUCCUAAUACUGUACCAGAUCCUGAUGUAAUACAAACGAUUAUAAAAGAAGACGAUGAGUUUCUAAUACUAGGCAAUGGUAAAUUCUGGAAUGCUGUUAGUAUGGAAACUGCAGUAUCAGAAGUUCGAGCGGAACGUAACCCUGUUCUUGCGGCUAAGAGACUACAGGAUCUGGCACAAAGCUACGGCGUAGAAGACUGCAUAUCCGUGGUAAUAAUACGAUUUGAUGCAGCGCGGUCUGAUGUAGAUUUACUUAUGCGAGAGUUACGUCAGACAAUAAACAGUAAUAAGUCGGUGUGUCGUUCUGAUUGUUGUUGCUCGCGUUUGGAGCCGUGUUGUCACUCGGUGACGCCGCCGAAACCGAGCAGCGACCGAUCGUCUCCGAGUGGUCAGAGUGACCGGCCGCUUAGUGAAGCGAUCAGUCACCAACACUACGCCAGCGUGCGGUCACAAGCCAAAGCUUCCGAACGUAGGAGUUGUCGAGGAGGUGUCGCUCGAGCCAUACGUGUGCGAGUCGAAGAAGAUAAAGAGGAAGACCACAGAAAUGAUGACGCAAACCCCGAGGAACAGUUCAAAUGCUGGGAGUACAUGCUCGAGCAAAACACGCAGAUGCUAUUCGAUAAAGAGCUAGAUAACUUGUCGAAAGGUAUCAAGUCCAAUGUAAGCAGUCUCAGAAACUUGAAAGGCUUAUCGGGUAGCAGUCCACAGCUGCAUUUAACUGGAAAGCAGUCAAAAGGUGUGCCGUUCUUAUCGAAACAUUUCGGUAGUGCGAGAUCUUUCGGUACUGCUCUAAAGCCUGACUUUCGAUUUGGAUCUGGAAGGUUACCAAACGGGGGUCCGAACGCUGCGUAUUUCGGAUCCCUACAGCGACUGAUGCCUUACCAUUUGGAAUACGAUUUUGCUGUGAUACAAGAGAAAUCUACCCAGGACUCUUUGGAUCUCGAGGGUCGCAUGCAACAGUACUGGGGAGUGGCCACCACGGAACUGUAAAUAACCGCAGACUAUAGGUACUGAUAGCUCGUAAGUUGUAAAUAAAACUUUAUUGUAAUUACAUGUACAAUUAUUUAUAUAGAUACCAUUCAUCUGUCGACUAGAUUUUUUGCACAAAGUAUUAUAAUCACUAUGGACUUGCCUAUAUCAGCUAUUAUUACUUAUAUUACAUUAUCUCUAUGUACAAUAUUGUGAUAAAUUCUGUCGAAUGUUAAAUCGUAAAUAAAUAUUGCGUUACAUCUACGUAAAUCAUAUUAUUUCUUUGUAUCAUUAUUAUAAUAAUGUACAUAUAAUAUUAAUGGUACUCUUAGAUCUUGACAUUUAUUGAUGACUCUAUACUAUUUACAACAAUAUACCUUGCUAUUAUAAGGCUUUUAAAUUAUCUUGUGCUCGUUGUUUAUAUACAAAUAUUUAUUUUUUACAAACCUAAACCAACGGCACAA